AUGAUGAUAAUGAUAAUGAUAAAAAUAAUCGAUUAUCAAUAAUUCAUAUCGAUUGUCGAUUCGAAUGUUUUCAACUAAUAUAUUUUCUUUAUUGUUUCAAUCAUUAUUCAACAUAUCGUAAACUUGUUUGGGAAAAUCUUUCGAAAUUAUAUUCUACCGACGAUAGUCAUUUAAAUUUAUUAAUCAAAUGUUGGUUACAAGAUAAUCCACCGAAUCCAAUUCGUUAUCAAAAUAUCGAUACUGAUUGGUGUCAACGAAUACAAUAUUUUGUUACAUUACGAAUGGAUUUAGAAGAAUCAUCAUCAUGGUUAUCAACAUUAGGUGGUGCUUAUUCAUCACUUGGUGAUAAAAAUCAACAAUUUGCUUAUGAAGCUGAACAAAUAUCAUGGAAACAGAUGAAAUUAUCAUUAAUAUUUGGUGAUCCUAAUCUUGUUUGUCGUUGUUUAAUCUAUUUAUGUCAUAGUUGGUGUCAACAAAAAAGACGUCGCCAAGCUAUAAGAUUAAUUCGUUAUUAUCUUUAUCCAUUAUUAUUAUCAUCAACAACAACAACAUCAACAAAUAAUGAUGAUCGUAUUGUACGAAGAAUGUAUCAGGCACUUUGUUUUCGUAUACGUUAUAUUUAUAAAUGAAAAAUGAAACAUCCACAUCCCUUCUCUGUUGUUAUGUUAUUAAAUAUAUAUUUAUUU